UCCCACACUGAUCUCACACCGAUCCCGCACCGAUCCCGCACCGCUCCCGACAUGGGGAACAUCGCCUGUGUCCCGCAGGCUCCCGGCGGCUUCAGGAGCUCCUUCCGAAGGAAGCCCUCGCUGAAAAAGGAACAAAAUGGCAAGAAAAAGCUGCCCAGCUUCUUUGGGCUCGAUGGAGGCCAGGAGCGAGACACGAGCACGGACAAAAUCCUGCAGUACAUCCCAGCCAAGAUCCUCCAGAAGCAGGAGAACCAGAAGGAGAACCUGGACCAGAGGCUCCCCAGCCUGUUCAAGAGGGGCCGGAGGAAAGUGGUUGUCAGGGAUUUGGGCAAAAUGAUUUAUUACUCCAAGGUCAAGCUGAAGUUCCAGCACUGCCAGGAGGUCCACAGCUGUUUUCUGGAGCUGUUCCAGUCCCACCUGUACUUCCAGUCCUCGGGUCCCAACGGCCUCACCUACCAGGAGCUGCUGCCACUAAAGGAGCUGCAGGUGCAGGAGCUGGGGGCUGAGCAGAGCCCGGGGCAGCAGGACCACGCUCUGCUCAUCUCAGGGCCCCUGCUGAACCCCCUGGUGGUGUUCUGCCAGUCCAAGGCCGAGCUGAAGCAGUGGCUGUACCACCUGGAGAAGCAGAUCCAGCUCUGUGGAGGGAGCCUGGCCCUGCCCCUGCUGUCCCAGGGCCCCGGGGACAAGGAGGAGCUGCGCUGGUCCGUGCAGAACCUGCCCGUGCAGGACUGGAGGGGAACCCAGCGGGAAUCCCUGGGAGAAAUCCUCUGCCUGUCCAAGGUGAAGCUGCAGCACCUGCCCUUCCAGGAGCAGCACGAGCGGCUGCUGGUGCUGUACCCGUCCACGCUGGUGAUCGUGUCCGAGGAGCCCGGCGGCCUGUGCUUCAAGGGAGAGCUGCCCCUCAACGCCAUCCAGGUGCUGUUUGAGGAGAACGACAAAAGCUCCUUCCUGAUCGAAGGCCGACUGAUAAACUCCAUCCGGGUGACCUGUGCCAGCUACCAGGACUACCAGGAGUGGCUCUACUGCCUGAACACCGCCCAGUUCCGAAACGCCGACUCCUCCCUCUCGGGCUCCGAGAGCUUCUCGGUGGGCUCAAGGCUGCCCCAGCCCAGCCAGUUCCCCAGCAGUGUGAGGGGAUCCCUGAGCUCCGAUGGCCAGAGCAGCUCCUGGGCGUCCGGGGGCAGAGUGACCGCGCUGACCACGCUGACCCAGAGCAGCGGCUCCCUGCCCGACGCCCCCUCCUUCCCGCUGAGCCCCGAGGGACGCCUGCUCCAGGAGCCCCUGUCCCCCGGCUACUCCCAGCCUCUGCACAGCCUGGCCGUGCCCAGCUGGCCCAGCCCAGCGCUGCCCAGGCAGGGGCUGCGCAGGGGGAGCAGCGCCAGGACCCGCCGGGGCAGGGGCAGCGGGCACGGGGUGCCCAGCCAGCAGCAGGAGCACGAGAGGAGCCUCUGCGGCCUCAUCCCCAAACAGCCCCGGGCAGAGAUGCUGUCCCCCGUGUACCAGGAGCCCUACUGUGCACAGGGAGCCCAGCAGCACCCCCUGGCACCGCUGGACGUGGGCACGCUCCUGCAGUGCCAGGGGCAGGCAGGAGCAGCCCAGGGCACAGUGCCCGGUGCCCAGCAGCUGUCCCUGGAGCAGUGGCACUGCCAGCCCCUGCCAGGGCCCUGCAGAGAGGUGCCCACCUACAGCACCCCGGGCACCUCACGGCGGCUGCAGCUGCGGGCACCUGCCCAGGGCUCCCACCUGGGGCAGAUGUGCUCCCUGCCACAGGAACAGCCGGGCCCUGAGCUGCAUCCCCCAGACGGCCCCUAUGACCUGGCAGACGCCGCCUGCUCCUGCCGGGACUCCUCGUCGUUCCACGACUACGCGGAGCUGCAGAGCUUCCAGAGCGACCGCAGCUACGACAACCUGUGGGAGGCGGAGGAGGCGCAGCCGGGCGGCCCGCACGUGUUCCAGGUGUGAGGCUGCUGCAGGGGCAGCAGAGCCCCGAGCUCUGCCCCGCUCCUGCCACCGCAGGGCUCAUUGUCUGCCCCACAGCCCAGCGUGGGGCCCGGCAGAGCAGUGCCGGGCUCUGUGGGGCUGCACGAGCAGCUGUGCCCAGGAGGGUGCUCCAAAAAUCCAGCUGUGCCCAGCAGGGUGCUCCAAAAAUCCAGCUGUGCCCAGCAGGGUGCUCAGAGAAACCAGCUGUGCCAGCUGUGCCCAGCAGGCUGCUCACAAAAACCAGCUGUGCCCAAGAAAACCGGCUGUGUCCAGGAGGAUGCUCAAACAAACCAGCUGUGCCCAGCAGUCUGCUCCAAAAAACCAGCUGUGCCCAGCAGGCUGCUCACAAAAACCAGCUGUGCCCAGCGGGCUGCUCCAAAAAAACAACUGUGCCCAGCAGGCUGCUCACAAAAAUCCAGCUGUGCCCAGCGGGCUGCUCAGAAAAACCAGCUGUGCCCAGCAGGCUGCUCCAAAAAACCAGCUGUGCCCAGAAGGAUGCUCAAAAAAACCAGCUGUGCCCCCUGAAAAUCGCAGAGCACAAAGGGCCAGGCUGCCUCGGGUGGAGGGGACUCGGUUUCCAGAGGGAGAACCCAAAAGGUGCCUGGGUUAUUUGGAUUCCUUCACACCAGGGAUGCCCCGGCACAGCCAGAGCUUGCCCCGGCUCUGCAGGCUGCCAGGCUGCCCAGGGCAUUGCCCAUCCUGGCACCUCGCACCUCACCUUGUCCUCCUGCGAGGGCAGAGGCAGCAGACACGAGAUGGAGGGGAAAAAACCCCAAAACCCCAAAAUUCCAACGCGGUCUGAGCACAGCGGGGUUUGCUUUCCACCUCCCCACCUGGUGCCAGUGAAAUGCCAGGUGGUCUGUGCUCCCUGAGGUCCUCCCUGCAGAGGAAACCCCAAAUCCCCCCAAAUUUGGGGGUCCCUCCUUUCCUCCCUGCCCUGGGCUCACCCCAAAUGCUGUCCAGGCAAGGAGAGGAGAAAAUCCCCCCCAGGAGAAACUGAAAGGCAGUGCCACAUCUGGGGUGUCCCUGAUGCCCCAGGACAGGACACCAACAAGGGACAGAGUCUCAGGGUUGUCAUUUUCCAGCCCCUUUUGGGAGGUCAGCAGCGAACCCAAAUGUUUUCACCCGAGGCUCUGAAUUCUCAACCUUUGUUCCCUGCAGAGGCUGCAGCUCAAACACAGCAGCAAAACCUCUGCCUUGGUUCUUUCCACAACCAUUUGUACUUCAAUAUCUCUGGUUGUUUUUGGGGGUUUUUUGGGAGGUUCCCGACAAAGUUUACAUGUAAAGGCUGAGUGGGUUCUUGUAUUUAAAUGUAAAUGUUGGUGGUUGAAGAGCUGUUGAAUUUUCCAGCUGUGGCUGGUGCUCAG